UCGGCCAGUCGUGUGCGCGCUGCGAGACCGUGAGCGUAGUUUGAUAUGGUGUGGGCAGCGUGCACAAACCACGAUACCGAGGCUGUCUCGGUAAUCGCAACGUGUAGGAAAAACGUGGUUGCUAGUGAUAAUAGUUAAUAAUAAUAGUAUAAGUGCCAUAGUGCGAGGUCGACGAUACUCUUUUGUUCUCUACUGUACCAGCAUUAGUUGAAGUGAUGCAUCACUGGUCGGCAUAAUAUCGAAUUGUGGUGUGGUGCGAGACGCGUGCGAUGAAAUUUGUUUAUUAUUAUUCGUAGUUUCGCGUGUAUAUAUUAUGAAAACUCCCUUUGCUACUGUUAUCUCUUGCUGCAUGUUAUUGACAUCAUUAUAAUUGUCAGUGAAUGAUAAACGUGCGGGACACGGAUAUACCGCGAGUGUCUUACUAAAAAUUCUAUUACAUCCUGGCGCCGAGAAUGAUCUUCACCGGGAGGUCGGUUGAUGCUCUCGAUGACGUUCACGAGGUUACCGCUAAGGUGGAUCGCCGCGAUGUCAGUGCCGUUGCCAUAGCUACCGGAUGGUUUUCAAGUCUUCGGCGACCCGGCAAAAAAGCCAAGAAAGGAUAUCAAAAGCAAGCAAAGAGUGCUUGGGAUCUCAGCACGUUAUCACAACUCAAAGAUGAGCUGGGCGAAGUCGUCGCUGAGAUGGAGGCCAUGGAGGGUGGUGGCCUGGCUACCGACGAGUCAAAGCCCUCGAACAAGGCCAAACAGACGUCCAUCGGCAGGAAGAAGUUCAACAUGGACCCUAAGAAGGGCAUCGAGUACCUGAUAGAGCAUAAUCUCCUGGUAUCGACACCCGAGGACGUGGCCCAGUUCCUCUACAAGGGCGAAGGACUCAACAAGACAGCUAUCGGAGAUUACUUGGGCGAGAGACACGACUUCAACGAGCGGGUUCUGCGCGCCUUCGUCGAGCUCCAUGACUUUACCGACCUCAUCCUCGUGCAGGCCCUCAGACAAUUCCUCUGGUCCUUUAGGCUACCUGGCGAAGCACAGAAAAUCGACCGAAUGAUGGAGUGCUUCGCUCAGCGGUACUGCCAACUUAAUCCUAACAUAUUCACCAACACCGAUACCUGCUAUGUUCUUAGCUUCGCCAUCAUCAUGCUCAAUACGUCACUUCACAAUCCUAGUGUCAAAGAUAAGCCGAGUGUCGAACAGUUUAUCUCAAUGAAUAGGGGUAUCAACAACGGCGGUGACCUUCCGCGUGAAUUAUUGGUGAGUUUGUACGAGAGCAUAAAGACCGAGCCCUUCAAGAUUCCGGAGGACGAUGGCAAUGAUCUAAUGCACACCUUCUUCAACCCUGACAAAGAGGGUUGGCUAUGGAAGCAAGCAGGCGGAAGGUACAAGAGCUGGAAAAGACGAUGGUUUAUACUGAAUGAUAACUGCCUUUAUUAUUUCGAAUACACCACGGAUAAGGAACCCCGAGGUAUUAUACCUCUGGAGAACAUUCAAGUUCGGGAGGUCCAAGAUAGGCACAAGCCACAUUGCUUUGAACUCUACGCAGCUGGCUCGGAGUUCAUAAAAGCUUGCAAGACUGACAGCGAAGGAAAAGUUGUGGAAGGAAAGCACACCGUGUACAGAAUGUCUGCAGCUACCGAUGAGGAGAAAGACGAAUGGAUUAAGUGCGUGAGACAAAGUAUAUCGCACAAUCCAUUCUAUGAUAUGCUAGCAGCGCGCAAGAAGAAAGCUCAGAAGACAAACGUCCACUCAAAGAGUUAAAUUAUUUCCGAGGAUGGAAGUCGAGUCUCGCGACUUGAGCUCGACGAUCAUGAAGACUGUUCCUGUCUCAGGAUAAUAGAGUCCUGACUAAAAUUAACCGUCGCUUGAGGUGGUCAGGAGAUCUGCAUGAUCGGACACAGAGAGAACAAAAAGGAUGAAUAAAUAGAGAAUACUGUUGGUUUUCCGGUCCAACCCGAGAGAAAGAGCGUCGAAGAGAAGAAUAAAGAAUUUAAAAGAAGAAAUUGGGAAAUAUGUCAGGAUGAUCCUGGCAUGGAAAAGGUUUUUUGAAGCAUUCUGAAAUAUACUGGGUAUCGUGGAUGUAUCCAAAGAAAGCAGACCGAGGACCAACCAGAACCAUCCGUAGGAUCCUUUUGCUGGAUUUCUUUCGUUAAUCUUCGGGACAACCUGAUAUUGAGUUAUCCUCAAAGUGAAUAGAGAAUGACAGUCUGUUUUUAAGUUUCGUUCGAUACCCCAGGUAGGUAAAUUCAUGCAAAGCGGGAAUGCUUCAUAGUGCGUUUACGCUUUAUGGCACUAAAAGAAAAAAGAAGUUAUAGACGCUUUAAAAACAACGGGCUAAGCGAAAUAAGAGGUAUUAACAAAUGCCUGAUUCAAGGAUGUUUGGAAAGGAGUAUGAUAUUAACUACUUUGUAAUCUCGAGUCCUUUGUGAACGUUCUUUUGCAUUAAUCAAAGAUAAAACGUAGUUAGAAUCACGAAGAAGUGCGAUCGAGUAACACGUUCUGAAAUUCGCAAUAUAAUGAAAAUCUGAGGUAUGCAAAUUUUUGCGCGUAUAUGUUUCUAUUUGCGUCUCGUUGAAUCUUUGUUUAAUUUAUAUUAAUAAACACAAUGGAUAGCCCACGGCACUGGUAAUAUAGAAUGACCAAGAAGUGAGAUAUGCGUGAUAGAUGAAUGCAAGGGAAUUAUGCGAAAGAAAUAACAAAUGGGUUGCUUGUACUUCCAAUGUGAUAAACAUUUAUUUAUUUGAACAAAUGUGUGUAGAUAGAAUGUUUAGGCGAGUAAAUAAUUCGUGCGUAAUUAUCCUUGCGCGCUCACUGUACGCCGAUGAUGUGUGUACAGUGAAUCUUGUAAUUACAUAUGAACCGAACAAGCAGUGAUUGUUGCUUGUACGUAACAUGAGAUGCGUACAGUAAAAAUUGUAAGUAUGGCGGUACUGGCCAAAAGAACGUAAUGACAGUAGAAUAGAUAUUCGGAGGUUUGAUAUAAAAUAAUUAUUAAAUAAAUAUAUAUAUAUGUAUGUAUACACACACGAGAAACGCGGAUAUUGAUGAUGUUGCAGUAUAUACGAAUAUAUACGAAAAGAUGUGGUACAAUAUUCUUGUUAUAUAUACAUAUGUAUAUCUAUUUAUGUACAUGCGCACAUAGACGUACAUCGUAGAGUAUUAGCUAGUUACUUGGAAGAAUCCUGAUGGAGGUUCUACAAAACUUUAUAUUUAGUAUCAAUUAUGGCUAGAGCAUUGUCAUGUACACUUUUUGAUAAAUUUCAAGUUCGAUCCUGUCCAAUGGUAAGCAUAAAAAGAUUCAAUGAGGACCUCCUAGUGGAUCUUAACUCCUUGCUAGUCCCUAAACAGCUGAAAUACAAAAGAAAAGAAUUAUAAAUCCGUCGUGAAUAAGAAAUUAUACGAAGAAGAGGAAAAGUCAAGCAUCGAAAACGCCUUACUUACGAAAAUUCCCAAUUUAUAUAUGAAAUAGUAUAUAAAAGGUAAUACUUAUGCACACGGCAAUUACAGUUAACGCAGGUCUUUAGCAUAUAGAAUGUGUCGAGGUAUACGCUAGCCAUUUUGAUUUGCGUCUUAUUUUAUAAUUUAAAAAAUAAUAGCGCCUUAUAUUUUCUUAAUAGGAAGAGAGAAAGAAUGUGAGAGAAAACAGCAAGAGAGCAAGUUAAGUGUCCAUGAGAAACGUCCGUAUGAAGAUGGCAUCCUAUAUAUAUAUUUUUCUUUCUUUCUAUUGUCACCAUCUUGUUGUUUCCUGUUUAAUUAAUUAACGACCGCAUAGCGUAAUUAUUGUAAAUUAUUAUUUCCAGGCGGUACGUUAUCGAUCAAUUAAUGGCCAUUGACAUGAUUCAAUUUAUUUAUUACUUGAUCGUUCAAUGUUUUCAGUAUGAAUCAACAAAAGACUAUUGAAUAUAUUUUACACAACGUAUAGAAUAUUGUAAAGUUACUUGUUGAAUUAAGAAUAUUGUAUUAUAAUUUUUGUAUCUAGGAUCGAGAUGCUCGGUAGGACUGGCUACGAUUGAAGAUUUCUAUUCGAUCUUUGGAUCCUAAUAGGGUCCGAAUAAUGGAUGGCGAUGAUACGUUCACGAAUUAAUGUCACUUGUAUAACUUAAUGUGGGCAGAUAAAUAAUCGGUAACACUUUUUUUACCGCUUUGCGUGUACUCUGCUACUUGUACAAAUAUUCUUCCUUCUACACACACCGUAAAGUUUUUCGUCAGUGCAAUUCUAUAGACAAGUGUGUGCAAUAAAUAACCAUCGACUGAAGUAUGUUUGGUCACAAAGGAAUAAAUACUGUGGAAAAAUAAAAGACAACGAGAUCGGCAGAGAUUUUCAAUCGAGUAUCGAACAAUUGUAAAUAAGGAUAAUAAUUCGAAAAAGAAUAAGGGAGAAGGGAAUCUGUAUAUUGCGAAUUCUCGAGAAGAAUAUUCUUUUUGUGAGUUGUACAUUUUGCUUGUAUAUUAUUCGUUUCUACCGCGAUAUCAAAUAGCCAUAGAUUCUUGUUAGUGCGAUUAAAUAUGCAUUGUGUAAUGUAAUUGGGACCGCGUUUUUCGUGCGUGCGCCGUUGCACUCAUGGCCCGUAAUGUAUUGAUUUUUGAAGUACUACUGAUUAAUAAAAAGCCAAACCCAUUUUCAAA